AUUUUUUAUUUUUGACGAGGCAUUAUUACAAGACGACUACGUAUCUACUUGCUUGACAAAAGCUACGGAAAUUUUUCAAGCCGCUCGUCUGGUAACACAGUCGUUGACAUUUGAAAUCUUAUUUGUGUACCUGUCUAUACUUUCAUUAUGCCUACUAUCAAACUACAAAGCUCUGACGGGGAGAUAUUUGAAGUGGAUGUCGAAAUUGCAAAACAGUCGGUGACAAUUAAGACAAUGUUGGAAGAUUUGGGAAUGGAUGAUGAAGGCGAUGAUGACCCCGUCCCACUGCCCAAUGUGAACGCCGCCAUUCUGAAAAAGGUGAUCCAGUGGUGCACCCACCACAAGGACGACCCCCCUCCCCCUGAGGACGACGAGAACAAGGAGAAGAGGACGGAUGACAUCCCUGUGUGGGACCAGGAGUUCCUCAAAGUGGACCAGGGCACGCUGUUCGAGCUCAUCCUGGCGGCAAAUUAUUUGGACAUCAAGGGGCUGCUGGACGUGACGUGUAAGACGGUAGCGAACAUGAUCAAAGGCAAGACCCCGGAGGAGAUCAGGAAGACCUUCAACAUCAAAAACGACUUCACAGAGGAAGAGGAGGCCCAGGUACGCAAGGAGAACCAGUGGUGUGAAGAGAAAUGAGAAGGCUCUGCGUUCAGGGCUGCACUGUUCAUACGUGUUAACAUCGCAUCGGACACCCGGAGCCGCAGACCCUGCUGUGUCCAGCAUGACCCUUUCCAUCGCUUGUAAGGUGCAAAUAAUUUAAAGCUUUUUUUUUUUUUUUUUCUGCAGUUUUUACAGGUUUGUGGAAGCUUGUGUCCAUUCUACGUUCAGUGAACUUUAGUUCUACAGGCUCCUCCCUGCCCCAUCCCGUUUUCACUUGUGUUGGUUGUUUUUUGUUUUUUUUCUUUCUUUUUUUUAAUGAAGACGUUAUUUUUUUUUUCUUUUCAUUAAAUGAUAGUAUGUCUGGAGAUCUUCAUAAUGGACUCAUGCUGAAUUUUGUAAACACUGACUCAUAUGUAUUCUGUCCUCUCUUAAAACAAACGCAACAAAAAAGAAAGAAAAAAACGAAAUAAAUUCACUAAGUACAGGUUUGUGUUUUGGGACUUUUGAUUUUGAGCUAACGUGCGGUUGUCCCUGCGGAGUCGGGGAUUUGGGGCACUUUUUAGCUACGUAAAUAUGCUGUCAUGGUGGAAUAAGACUUUUAUUGUACAGGGAAAUAAACGUUGUUCUGAACUGUGAAGGUGAACUUUAGGAUUGCCAGAAAUAAAAUGUUGGAAAAAGAA